AUGAUCCUCCCCGAGCGGAGUUCCCUAAAAAGCACUACUAUCCUGAUCAAGGGCCUGCCGGCGAGGACUACAAUAUGGGACAUCCGUCAAUUCUUUGGACAGUACGGCAACGUAGUGUUUGUCGAGCUUAGUGACAGUUCUAGAGGCAAUGCUCGAACCUCCAAGGUCCGCUUCGAGCCGCCACCAAGGGACACGAGCUUUUUCCAGCAAGGCUUUUGCAGCUUCAGAAUCGGAAACACAAUGUUUAGAGUCUCGAUCGAGUUCUCUGGGCCGUCCUCGGAAGAUGACACGCUUCAGACACCCCUAGGAAACCCCUGCCCGUCUUCCUUAAGCUUCCUCCCUAAGAAGUUCACCUUUGGGGUCUUGACCCAGCCCACUGAAUUCAUGCCAAAAAAGGCCAUCGAACCAGUCAAUUUCGGUCAUGGCUUAAAGCUCACAGCUGACUUCAGACGAAAAAAACUGGCCAUUUACUUUCCUCUCCGUGUUGAGUACGAGCUGCAGCAAUACCGAAUCGAGAUCAGAUUCGGUAAUAUCAAAACCAUACACCGAGCAGGAAUCGAUGGUGAUCUCACAGCUCUUGUGAUAGUCGUUCAUGACCCCCCUCUCGUCUGGAAUAAACAGCUGGAUGUGGAGGGCGAGGGCUGGACAGAUAGACUUUUCUGGGCCGAGGAGGAGCUGUGGCAUCGGUCUGUUGAGGUCCGGGCAGCAAGUGCUCCCCUUCGGACCGAGCCGGUCUCAAUCCAAGAGCAAGAGAAUGUCAUCAACUUCGGGCGGUGGACUACUUAUUGGGUCGACCUGGACAAAACUAGCCAGGAACAAUGGUCAGUGAUCGAGACACACCUUCGGGAUUGGAAUAUCAAGACAAAGCUCGAUGUCAACUUCACGCAAAUUGCAAACAAGGAUCCAGAACUCUGGGCCAUAUUGGCCGAACCGCCCACCACGCUGUCGACAGGGACAAGCUCUUCUUGGAGUGAGGACUUGGCUUUGCUCGAUCGAACAACAUACAUUUCGCUGCCCUUUGAUGUUCGGUAUCAGUUGGAGGUUUGCAUCUCACGCGGAAUCCUGAGUGAGUUCAACAUUGAGCGUAAGUUUCUCGAGAAGCUCCUAGAGUUGGCGACGCACGACAGCUCGAAUUCCAGCCGCGCUCGCUUGGUCCUUGAAUACGCUGCCGAUAGGGGAGAGCAUAUUUACAACCCCAUGGCUUUGUUCGAAGAUCAAGCAGCAUUGACUUACUAUCCAAGCACUCUUCAUAUACCGGACUACUGUGCCCUGGUCCGUAAGGUGACAGUCACACCUACCAGGGUUUACUUCAACACCCCGACCGUGGAGACCACCAAUCGUGUUGUUCGCCAUUAUAAGCAUGUCCAGGAAUUCUUCCUUCGAGUUCAGUUCACCGACGAGCUGCUGAAAGGGCGGGUCAGAGCACAUGACACCGAGCGGUAUGAUGAGGUCUUCAUACGGGUUUAUCGAGUCUUGGCGCAAGGAAUCCGCAUGGGAAAGUGGCACUGGAACUUCCUCGCCUUUGGCAACUCCCAAGUUCGGGAGAAUGGAGCUUUCUUUUUCUGCCAACCUGAAGGGGCCCACGACAAUUCAGCAGUUACCUGCGACUCCAUUCGCCAAUGGAUGGGAAAUUUCAGUCAUAUCUCUGUGGUUGCCAAACUUGCUGCCCGACUUGGGCAGUGCUUUUCGACGACGCGCCUCCUGACCUGCAUUUCAUCUCCAAAGAUUGUGAAGAUUGCCGACGUGGAGAGGAACCAGUUCUGCUUUACCGACGGCGUUGGGAAGAUCUCGCCAGUUCUUGGCCUCCUCGUGUCGGAUGCCUGGGGUCUACCCUCUGCUCCCUCAGCAUUCCAGUUUCGGAUGGGUGGAUGCAAGGGCGUUUUAGUAACAUGGCCAGAGGUCAAAGGCACUGAGGUGCACAUCCGGCCGUCUCAGGAGAAGUUCCCUGCAGAAUACAACGGCCUGGAGAUUAUCAGGUGCUCCCAGUUCGCCUGUGCUGCCUUGAACCGGCAAACUAUACUCAUACUCUCGUGUCUGGGAGUGCCGGAUGAUGUUUUCACUGGCAUGAUGCAAGAACAACUUGCCAGUUACGACACUGCCAUGACGGACAAGAACAAGGCCGUCGAACUCCUCAGUCUCUACGUUGACGAAAACAUGACCACGACGACGAUUGCAAGGAUGGUCAAGAACGGCUUUAUGGAGUCGAAUGAUCCUUUCUUCAGGACUGUUCUUCAACUUUGGAGAUCUUGGUCGAUCAAGGCCCUGAAGGAGAAAGCAAGACUAAUCGUUGACAAUGGGGCUUUUGUACUUGGCGGCGUUGACGAGACGGGCACACUGAGAGGCUACUCUGAGAUGACCGCGGGUCGGAAGGAAGUCUCUCAGGAUGAGUUGCCGCAGAUAUUCCUCCAAGUCCCUGACCCGAAGGAUAGAGAUGCUUACAAGGUCGUUACGGGCGUCUGCAUUGUGGGACGCAAUCCUUCGCUGCAUCCCGGCGACAUCCGUGUAGUAGAAGCGGUGGACGUCCCAGAGCUACGGCACAUCAAGAACGUUGUUUUGUUCCCUCUAACCGGGGAUAGGGACGUGCCGAGUAUGUGUUCAGGCGGGGACCUAGACGGGGACGACUUCUUCGUCAUCUGGGACUCAGCGUUGAUUCCCCGGGAAUGGGGACACCCUCCAAUGAACUAUACGGCACCAGAGCCCCUCAGAGAGUCGCAAGCCACCAUAAUGAGCAGUAUAGCCUCGUUCUUCGUUCUGUUCAUGAAGAAUGAUAGGUUGCCUCUGAUCGCCCACGCUCAUUUGGCCACGGCUGACUAUGAAGCCGAAGGCCCGAAGCACCGGAAAUGUCUCCAACUCGCCGAGUUGCAUUCCACCGCUGUGGACUACGUCAAAACGGGUGUUCCUGCCCGGUGGGAUAAGAACUUGGAUCCCCGGAGAUUCCCCCAUUUCAUGGAGAAACCUAAAGCCAAAUCGUAUCAUUCGACCAGUGUCCUGGGCAAGCUCUAUGAUAUGGUCGACAAGAAAGCGUUCGACUGCAAUGAAAACUAUAGGCUGCCUUUUGACGACCGCAUUUUAAAGCGGUACCAGCUAAGCAACGACAAGCUGCGAGAUGCGAGGAAAAUCAAGAGCCAGUACGAUAUCGCGAUGCGUCGAAUCAUGGGCCAGUUUGAGAUCAGAACCGAGUUUGAGGUCUGGACCACUUUUGUCUUGUCCAAACCCAGGGUCGGGACCGACUACAAGGUCCAGGAGAAAGUCGGGCGCGAGGCAUCAGGUCUCAGGCAACAGUUCCGGAACCUGUGCGUCAAGGCCGCGGGUGGCAGGGAUAUUGAGAUCUUGGGCCCGUUCAUUGCGGCCAUGUACAGGGUGACGUGGGAGGAACUCCGUAUCGCCCUCUACGAGGCCCGCCAGCCACACGUGCGCCCCGACGGGACGGUGGGCUUGCGGAGAAUCACGGCCCGCUCGAUGCCCCUGAUUUCCUUCCCCUGGCUGUUUCCGGACGAACUUGGAAAGAUUGCGACGGGCUCCGAUAGCGAGUUCCAUCUAAUCAACCUUGGCCCUAGACCUCCAACGGCAGACCCGCAGACGAAAGCGAACCGCGAUCAGGUGGGCUUGCUUGGGGACGACGGCCUGGUCUCUAUGGACUACACCCGCACUAGUGACGGGCAGAUCUUCCAUCGUGGCGAAGUUCUCCAACUAUUCCGUCAUGCCGAGGACGAUGACGACGCGGAGGGGGCUGAUUUCAACGCCGGAGUGGUCGUCUCUGACCUCUCUGGAGAUUCAGAGCUUGAGCCUGAGCCGGAAGCGGGGCCCACGUUGGAGUCUGAUCAAGGAUCGCGCCCACCGGAUGAAACGGUGUCGAUCAAUACAGAUUCGGCUGACCGGGAAGAAGACCUGCUCUUCCUGGAGGUUGUCAAAGAGCAAAAAAGCGGCGAAUCGUCUGGUUCUCUUGCUGCGUCUCUCUUUGGCCAGACAUCCGGAGGAGUCCAGGGCCCUUCAUCCCCGCACCCUGUCGAGGCUGGAGGCGACGUCCCGGAUUUGUUGACGUUUAGUCCGGUGCGUGAGACAACCAAAACGGGCGAAGAUGUGGACGCGGGGUGUUAUUCCUCCACCUGCCUAAGCCCUGUCAGAUCCGGCGCCCGGGAACAGAAACAAACAACGGGGGUUGUCCAAUUGAGCGCAAGAAGACCUGGUACCAUUACGGAACGGGUGGCUACGCCAACGUCAUCGUCGGGAUCCUCGCAGUCGCAUGGGGAGAUGUCCACUCCAUCGCGCGUAAUCAGCUUGCCGGCGAGCGAGGCCUGCUCGCAAGAUGCGAGGUUUGGAUCUUCUGGCGCACCUAGGCCUGAGACACCAGUCUUGAGGGGAAUGAACCCGAUAGGACAAGAAGUUAACGCUUCCACUUUACUUACAAUUGGCCGGGAGGAUGAGAGUUCGGGCUCGGAAGUUGAGUACGAGGAGGAGAUUGUCGAGGUGGAAGUCGAAACGGCCAUGGAGCGGGCUGCCAGAUUUGCUUGA